AUGGAAAAUAAAAGAGACAGCUUUUUUCUUAAAAAUAAGAAACAAAAACCUAACAAGGGUCAAGAGAAAAAGGAAUUUAAAAGUAAAAAUGAACGACAGAAAAAGUUCGAUGACAACCGUAAUGGCCUUGAUGAAACUAAAAAAGAAACAGAGAAGAAACCAUUUGAUAAAAAAGCAUAUAGGCUUAAGAAAUAUAGUAAAAAGUAUAAAUUAGAAAAAUGGGAGGAGCAACGCAAGAAGAAAAUGCUUCAUGAAUAUCAGAAAAGCGUCAAAGACGACCCAAUGAUUGGAUCGUACAAAACUAAACCAUUUGAUGAAGAUACAACUGAUGCUAAAUCUACUGUCGGUAGGUUUGUGAAGCAUCCAGAUCUGUUAGAGAAAGAAUCAACAGUUACACGAAAGGAUAAGGAUCCAUAUACAAAAGCUAAGGAACAGUUUAAUAAAAUAAAACAAGAAAAAAUUGAAAAGCAACAAGCUAAAGAAAAGGCUAAUCAAGAGCGAUUCCAGAAGUUGCAAGAGUAUAAGAAAAAGAAGAGUGAAAGAUUCAAGAAAUUGAGCAAGAAAACAAGGAAAGGACAGCCCGUUAUGACCGGGAGACUGGAAUUGUUGUUGGAGAAGAUACAAAGUUCUAAGUAA